AUGAGCUAUUAUAAGAAUAAGCAGCCUUGUAAAUACUUUCAGCAGGGGCGCUGUAACAAGGGCAAUGCAUGCAAUUUUGCUCAUGUAUACACGAAUAAUUCAAAUAAUCAAAAUCAAAUGGGAAGUUCAAAGACGGAUGUUGAAAAGUAUAAUGAUUUCAUUAGUGAUGCAUCUCUGAAUAAAUGGACUGCUGCUAUUUCGGAAAAUAUGGACGAAGUAGCUUCAUUUCAAAUCAACCCACUAAUGUCAAGUUAUAGCGUAGCUAGUAUUGCUGCAGUGAAUCUAAUUCCUGAUAGGGAUUAUUCCCCAGAAGAAAGUAGAUUUCAGCAUUGGUUAUCGACGAAGCAGAUGAAGUUACCUGAGUACGAGGCAGAAAUGGCUGCGAGGAAGCAAGAUAUGGAUAAAUGUGUGCAAUUUGUUAAGCAAAACAGUAAGAAGGCAGCUCGCUACCUGCAAUUGGCAACUAAGAGUGUAAAAGAAACUGGUGUAUUUCCUAAGAAGUCAUUUAUUGAGCAUCCCCUUGAUCUUACUGGAAAAUCUUACAACGCAUUUCAGAGUUCGAACAACUUUGGUUCGUCCUCCUUUAUGAAUAACUCCGGAACAGGAGCUUUCAAUCAGUCAUCGCUGGGUGCGUUUCCCAGUAUGAAUCCUACAGCAAGUGCUGGUAUGGGAGCUUUUGGGCAGCCGAAAUUUAACAAUAAUGCAUUAGCGGGUACAGGCGGUGCGUUUGGUCAACCUGCGUUCGGUACUGCUAAUACGUCCAUUACAACAUCCACUCCAGGCAUGAACGCUGCGACCCCAAGUGCAUUUGGAAAACCAGCUUUUGGUGUCUCCCAAGCUUCCAAUAUGAGCCCGCCUAACGCUAGCACUACUGGAGCGUUUGGGAAGCCAGUAUUUGGAUCUAGUGGUUUUGGGCUUGGUGGAAACAAUACUUUUGGGGGAGCCCCAACAGGGGCUCCGGCUUUUGGAUCAGCUUUUAAUUCAUCUCCUUUUGGUCAAUUAGGUACUAGCAGCACCAAUACACAAAGUACUUUUGGUCAGUCAAAUCCUGUUGCUGCGAAGAGCCCCUUUGGCGGUGCACCUGCUACAACAGCGGGAACAAGCGCUUCGCCAUUUGGACCGAUGAAUACUAAUCAAUCUCCAUUUGCAACUAUCAGCAGUACCACUGUUACUCCAUUUGGUACCACUAAGCCAAAUGCUUUCAAUAGCCAAGCUCCAACAACUACUGGAUCUCCAUUCACGUCUAUCCGGACUAACAAUACAGUUUUUGGCCAGAGCGCCCCGAGUACACAAUCUCCAUUUGGUCAGCAGCCAUCUAGCAUGUUUCAGCCACAAUUUAAUACUACAAGCACAACGACAAAUGCCUUUAACGCUGCUGCAGCCCCUGCUAACGCAACAUUUUCUAAUCCUGCUCAGUUCGUUCUAGGAUUGCCUACAGAGGAAGAAAACGUACCCAUAGAGGAAUUGCCAGUUGAUGUUGUCAAUCUAUUCAAAGCUCAGUCAUUUACACUAGGAAACGUCCCCGAUAGACCUCCUCCAAGAGCACUAAUUAGCUAG